AUGUCCGUGCAAAGCUGCGUGGUCAUCGACGGGGGCGGCGCGUGCGGCGGCAACGGCAGCGUGAGCCCGGCGAGCGCGGAGCGCCUGCAGCAGCGCCACCUGGGCUACUACCCGCGGCUGCGCGCCGGCGCGCCCAACUGGUCGUUCGUCUUCGACCCCGCGGGCCGCCUCUGCUACUACUGGUCCAUGGUCGUCUCGCUCGCCUUCCUCUACAACUUCUGGGUCAUCAUCUACCGGUUCGCCUUCCAGGAGAUCAACGGCGAGACGAUCGUGGUGUGGUUCUGCCUCGACUACCUGGCAGACUUCCUGUACCUGGCCGACAUCGUGUUCCACUUCCGAACGGGUUACCUCGAGGACGGCGUGCUGCAGACGGACUCGACCAAGCUGCGCCACCACUACAUGAACUCCACCACGUUCUACAUCGACUGCCUGUGCCUGCUGCCGCUCGACUUCCUGUACCUUUCGAUCGGCUUCAACUCCAUCCUGCGGUCGUUCCGCCUCGUCAAGAUCUACCGCUUCUGGGCCUUCAUGGACCGCACCGAGCGGCACACCAACUACCCGAACCUGUUCCGGUCCACCAGCCUCAUCCACUACCUGCUGGUAAUCUUCCAUUGGAACGGCUGCCUGUACCACAUCAUCCAGAAGAACAACGGCUUCGGCAGCAAGAACUGGGUGUACAAUGACAGCGAGAGCGCCGACGUGGUGAAGCAGUACCUGCAGAGCUACUACUGGUGCACGCUGGCGCUGACCACCAUCGGCGACCUGCCGAGGCCGCGCAGCACCGGCGAGUACGUCUUCGUGAUCGCGCAGCUGCUGUUCGGCCUGCUGCUGUUCGCCACCGUGCUCGGACACGUCGCCAACAUCGUCACCAGCGUCAGCUCCGCGCGCAAGGAGUUCCAGGCGAAACUGGACGGGGUGAAGACGUACAUGCGCAUGCGGCGGGUGCCGAGCCACCUGCAGGUGAAGGUGAUCAAGUGGUUCGACUACCUGUGGCUGACGCAGAAGUGCUCCGACGAGGAGAAGGCGGUCAGCUGCCUGCCAGACAAGCUGAAGGCAGAGAUCGCCAUCAACGUGCACCUGGACACGCUGAAGCGCGUCGAGAUCUUCCAGAACACGGAGGCGGGCUUCCUGUGCGAACUGGUGCUGCGACUGCGCCCCGUGCUCUUCUCGCCCGGCGACUACAUCUGCCGCAAAGGGGAGGUCGGUAAGGAGAUGUACAUCGUGAACAGGGGCCGGCUGCAGGUGGUGGCGGACAACGGCAAGACGGUGCUGGCCACGCUCAAGGCGGGCUCCUACUUCGGCGAGAUCAGCAUCCUCAACAUGGGCACCGCAGGCAACCGCCGGACGGCGUCGGUCCGGUCGGUGGGCUACAGCGACCUGUUCGUGCUGAGCAAGAAGGACAUGUGGGACGUGCUCAAGGAGUACCCGGCGGCCAGGGUGCGCCUCGAGGCCAUCGCGGUGAAGCGGCUGGAGAAGUACAAGCGGGCGCCCCUCGAGAAGGCGGCGAUGGGGCGCAGCCAGUCGACGCCCGGCCUGGUGGAGUCGCGCGGCCGCAUCCCGCUGGAGGACAUGUGGGUGUCGCCGCUGGAGCCGCUGCUCACCGGAGGCUCGUCCUCGGGGCCGCCGCCCUACUCCGCCAACUCGCUCUUCAGCCCCGCGCUCAGCCCCACCUCCCGCCUACCUUGCGGCAGGUCGCUGGCGUCGCACCUGCGGCCGGCCGAGUCUCCGCUGUCGGCCACGUCGAGCGUCCACUCCUCCGACGAAGAGCGGCGCGCGCCGGGGGCGGCGUGUCCCGGCGCCACGGCCGUCCCCGCCUCCAGAACAGGCCGCGGCACUCGAGGCUACGGUUCGUGCGAGCCGACGCUGGCGCCGCCGGCGACGACGCCGCUGGUGGCGUCGUGCGCCAGCGAGCACUCCUCGGCGUCGCCCAUCAGCGCGGACCUGCCCGCCGCCAGAGCCGCCGGUAAGCGCCGCCGCCUAGCGGGCGAGAACGCGCGGGGCCGGGGGGCCGGCGACGAGCGGGCAGCGGCUGUCGUGGGCGCUGACGGCUGCUGCGGCGCGGACGACGGCGGCAUGAUGUCACACGAGGCCUUAAUCGCGGAGAUCAAGCGUCUGCGCGAGCGGCUCAUGGUGCUCGAGACGGAGAACGCGUCGAUGAGCAUCAAGCUGAGCCAGCAGCAGUGGGAGGUGGAGCACCGCCUCGCCGAGAUCGAGAUGCAGAUCUGCGGCGCGUCCAGCGGCGGCUCCAGCACCGAGGACAACGAGCGCAACCGCGAGUCCAUCAUUUAACA